GAGCAGCACCAGUUUCGGUUUCGUUUCUGUUUAAAUGCCUCAAACCAUUAGCUAGACGCAGGAAAUUGAUCAUCUUCGAACAUGGCAUCUAUCGUGUCUAACAGCAUAUAUCACUUUCUCUGUAAAAACGAGGGCUGUUCGGAUUUUGGUAAAGUGGAGAGUAAUUUACGGCAGAGUUUUACGGUGGCGGAUCAGGUGUUGUCUCUGGUGCUCGAUGAUCAGGAGAGGUUUGUUGUAAAAGAGGAUGAAGACUCGAACGACACCAAGUCCUUACUGCCUGCUGACAGUCUGAUCAUUGCCAAAACCUCCCUGCGAGUGUGCAAAAAUGACAAAUGUGUCAGCUGUGAAGAUCUGCACCUGUGCAGAUACUUUGUGUGUGGAAACUGCAGAUUUGGAACAAAGUGCAAAAAUUCCCAUGACUUGGCCUCAGCACAUAAUUCUGAUCUUCUGAGGAAGCGAGAUCUUCAAGGACUUACAGGUGGACAGUUGUUUCGACUUCUUCUUCAGAAUGAUCCCUUUUUACUUCCAGAGGUUUGCUCCCAUUACAACAAGGGAAAUGGAGAGCAUGGCAGUUGUAAGUAUAAAACAUCUUGCACCAACCUGCACCUGUGCCAGCACUUCCUGCAGGAUGACUGUAAAUUUGGAGCUGCAUGCAAAAGAGCCCACAGAUUUGAUGCACAGGCUCAGAAAAUCCUCAACGGCAGAGGGAUCAGUCCAGAAAACAUGCACAAACUCCACAAGAUUUACAAGAACAAGUUUCUGAUCACUUCCCAUGUAAAACCUGUCAAGAAGAGAGCACAAACAGCAGCUCUACCAGCAGUGAGAGAGCGCACUAGACAAAAAUCCAGCAGUUCUGUCAGUGAGGCUGAUCACAGUGAGAUCUGUCUCUUUUUCUUGCGCACUGGAUGUAGUUUCAAAGACAAGUGUGUCCGUGUUCACCACCAUCUACCGUAUAAAUGGCAGAUUUCACACUCGUAUGAAAAUACGUGGACUGACCUGCCAAAUGAAGAGGAGAUUGAGAAGGCGUUCUGUAGUCCAUCUAAUGAUUUGAGUAUUACUAUGAUCAACAGAGAAUAUCUGGAAAUGAAUUUUAUCACAAUGACAUGUGAACAAUCGAAAAUCCGUCGCCUAUCUACAGCAUCAUCUGUUACUAAACCCCCUCACUUUAUUCUGACUACUGAAUGGCUGUGGUAUUGGAAGAAUGACAGUGGGGGUUGGACAGAGUAUGGCAAAGGGGAGGAUGCAAAACUUGUGGCCUCGGUCACUUCAGAAGACCUUGAGAAGCAUUACCUGGCUGACAGUGAGAAGGAAAUUACAUUUAACUCAGAAAACCAUAAAUACACUCUCAAAUUUAAAGACAUGUAUCAGCAAAAUCAGAAGUACAAAACUGUUAGAGAGAUUCGAAGGAGACCACGUUUUGUGUCUGCCCAAGAAAUCAAGAGCAAAAUAAAGAGAAGUGAGUCUCCAGAGAGCUCAGCCUCUUCUGUGGAAGUUCCUUCUUACUGGGACAAAGGAGCUCUCCCUAGCUUCACCUACAAGAUUGUUCCUCUGCAAAACUCUUCCAAGGAAUACAAAAUGAUGUGCUCAAUGUUUAGUAGGACGAUGCCCAGUAGCAUCAUUCACAGGAUUGAGAGAGUGCAGAACCAGUCUCUUUGGAGAGUCUUUCAAUGGCAAAAAGAACAAAUGAUUGAGAAGAAUGGAGGGAAGGUAGUAGACCAGCGUUACCUUUUCCAUGGUACGGAUGAGUCUCUGAUAGAAGCCAUCUGUGAGCAGAACUUUGACUGGAGGAUCUGUGGCAGUCACGGGACACUUUAUGGGAAAGGCAGCUAUUUUGCCAGAGAUGCUUCAUACUCUGACAGAUAUGCAAAAUCCAGAACCAAGACCAAAAAGAUGUUUGUGGCACUGGUGCUAGUCGGAGAGUUCACAAAGGGUAACAGUAGUUUAGUCCGACCUCCACAGAAGAAAAGCAGUCUGAACCUUUACGACAGCUGUGUUGACAAUGAAACCAAUCCAGCUAUUUUUGUAGUUUUUGAGAAGUACCAGAUCUAUCCUGAGUACAUCAUUGAAUACUCCUAAUUUGUAGUACGGUUUCAAAACAUGUUUGAAUAUAAAACAUGAUGAUACUGUAAGCAACACUCACUUGAAAUUUUAGCACUUAUUUUAUCUUAUGAUCUAACAUUUGAAACUCUGUUACACAAAUGAUUUAUGCUUAGGCUUACAUUACUGAAAAAUAACCAAAAUCUUGAACUCUUGAGGCAUUUGUUUAAGGCAAUCAAUACAAUACAGCAGGUUUUUUUUUAUUUUAUUUUUUUUAUGUAAUUAACUUUAGUAUACCCUCUAUGACAGACUCUGUGGUGAAAAUGGCAAAUUGUUAAGUAGAAUAUAUCAGAAUUUGAUGCAGAUUGCUUAAUGCAUUAGGUGCAAUAACUGUUCUUGUUGCAAAGAAAACAAAAUAGACAGCCAGGUACAUUUGUACAACCUGAUACCGUAUUUAACUUUACACAAGUGCCAGUGAUUAUAAAUCAAUAGUCACAAUUUUUAUUGCGCUAUAUUUUAAAGCACUGAUUUUUGUGCACAAUUCAAACAAAACAAGAUUUAGUUGAGAGCUGGCAAAAUAUGGCACACCUGAGCAUUAAUCUUGCCUAUUUUAAUCAUUUCAUUUUCAUGUUAGUUUUGGCUGUUGACAUUGUAUUGAUUUAUGAUUUAUUAGAUGUUUAUAUAAUUGAUGUGAACAUACUGUACAAGACAGGCAAGGGCAAGUAGGACAUUUACUAGGUAUCGGUAAAUUAUUAGGAGACACAAGAAGCAUGCGUGUCAUUGACUAUGGAGACCUUUGCCACUGUGAUCUGAUGGUAAGCUUGAGAAAUGAAGGGUGUGAUUGUGACAGUCUAUAAAUAACAAGACAGCAUGUAAAGCUGAACGAGGCUUAAAGACUCGGACCACUUUUCAUCUUAUAUUGGUCAAGAACCACCUGGUUAGACAGGAAGUUGCUGUCUGACUGAUAAGCAAACUGUGGAUGGUCAUUUGACUUGUUUUGUGAGGUGUGCUUCUGUUAAGCAAACCUCAAAAAGCUUAGUGGUUUAAAACUCAAGAAAUCAUAACUAUUCGUUAAUGUUCCUGCAUUUGAGUGUUUGUUAUCAAAAUAAUGCAACAUUGAUUUUAAAAAUGAAUAAAAAAAAUAAACCCAUUUAUCAAGUCGUCAUUUUUAUUUGUAUAGCACUUUUCACAACACACAUCGUUUCAAAACAGCUUAAAUGCAUGAACAGCUUCAUGCAUUUAAAAAAAAAAAAAAAUUAAA